UUCACAUUUGAUCAUUAAUUUUAGUGUACAUAAUAGUAAUCGGUUUUUUUCAAACGGAAGUAAAGUUAUUAGGUCAUUUUUAUCAACAUUUUGUGCCAAACUUGUCGGGCUAUAGCAAUAAAACAAAUGGUCGCUUUCCAAAAUGAACAUUUGUUUUAGUCGUCAAGCUUUAAAACCGUUAUCAGCAUGUUUUUGAUUUUCCUGAGCUACGUAAUGCUAGUGUCUGGUAAAAUAACAUUACCGGACAAAAAACCAAACUAUUUGAGCGCCUGUUUGCACGAAUUAAUCGACACAUCAAACACUUUAUACGUCGUAAACGUUGAUUUACAAUUUAAUAGACCCGUCGUUAGACUAGACCCAUACAAACCGUUCGUUUGGUUCAAGUACCAGAAGAGCGAAACCGUUUUGAUAGAAUUUGUGGAUGAUUUUGAGUCGCUUUUGAACCAUUUGGUCCAAACUCAGACGUACGACCCCCAGAGCACGACAAUUGUGGUCACUGACAAGGCCCAACAAUCGAUUUUUGAAUCACUAUCCAAGUACUACAUUGGGCGAGUACUUGUGGUUGAAACUGUGUCAGAAAAAUUGCAAAAAAUCUACAGUUACGAACCGUACGAGUUCGAAAAUGUGAACGAACCAAUAACACGUUUUUUCGUAUGGAAUUCAUGCCUUGGUGGCGUUUUAAACGCGAAUAAAACUUUGCCCCCGUUACCAAAAAGAUGGCGCAACACAACUCUCCAAAUUUUGAAUAAUGUGGUACCACCUUAUGCCAUGAGUACCAAUGGGGGAAUUGAAGUUGAGGCGUUUGAAAUAAUCGCCCAAUAUUUACGUCUCUCACUUAAUUACACAAGAAACGAGUUUGAUUAUUGGGGGAGUAGAGUGAAUGGUACUUACACCCAUAUUUUGGGGGCUUUACAGCGCCGUGAAGGCGACAUGGCCCUAGGCGUUUUCCACUCGAAAUUCGACGAACAUUACGAUUUUGACAUCACUUGCACCUUCAUGGAGGAUGGUACCAGAUGGUUGGUACCCAAGGCUAAAUUCUUGCCGUAUUGGAAACGCAUUGGGUUGAUUUUUACCCCUCAAGUGUACUUCUCUCUGUUGGUUUCCUUCACCGCAAUGGUACUACUUUGCCGCUCUUUGAUGCAGUGUUCAAGUGCUGGUUUCAUGUUGUUUCAAAUUUUGGUCGAGUCCAGUUUAAAGCGCCUCCCUGUCAACUACCGCUCUUUGAUUUUGGUUUGGGUGGCGUGUUGUUUCAUCCUCUCCACGAUUUUCAAAAGCAAAAUGUUCGAAAUCAUGUCGAAAAAUCGCUACGAGCGUCAGAUUGAUUCACUGAGGGACAUAGUUGAGUCAGAGUUGGUCAUUUUAAUAGACCAUGAUAUUGCAAAAUUCUACCGUUUUAACUCAAGUCCUUUUGAAACUUACGUUCGGGAGAAAUACAAAUAUUGUCCGAACCCGAGGGAUUGUAUUGCAAGGACUGCCUUUGUGCAAGACUGUGUCACUGUUGAUUUUCAAAGGAGCAAUGAGUUUUUUUUGUCAAGUUUUAUCGAUUCUGAAGGCGAAGUCUUGUUUCAUCUUUUCAAAAAACCGAUUUUUCCGGUCCAUAUUCAGCUUUUUUUCGUUAAGGGUUAUCCGAUUUUUGGACAAAUUGAUGGGUUGUUGAUGCAGUUGAGGGAUUUUGGUUUCAUUGAACAUUUCUAUGAUCAGGCGGGUCAUAACGCCAGGAAAGCUUUGAGUCAAAAAAGCGGUUUUAAGGCCCAAGUUUUGGCUUUUGAACAGACGGAAAGUGCGUUUUUUAUGUGGAUGAUGGGUGUGGUUGGUUCUCUUGUGUUAUUUUUGCUCGAAUGUGCAUUGGGAAGGCAAAAAAUGAAGUAA